CGAACAAGCAGCGGUGUCGUGGAGUGCGAGCACCCACACGGGUCGCACUACCCAAUCCGACCCUCUUGCCUUCUAACCUUGAAGAGACGGGCACGACUUCAGCUGCCACCUGAGAGUCCUUCAGGACAGGUAAGCCUCCACUCGGGCCUCUCACCAGGUGUGCUGUCCACGUCUAAUGUAACACUGACACUUUAAAUCCAGCAUGAAUCUCACUACCACCUCCAGUUGUUCCUCCACAUUUUGCUGUCAGUCACACAGCUUGUCUUGUGUUAGUUAUAUUUAUUUUCAGAAUUUUCUUACAUGAUUGAUAUUUUCAAUAAAUCAUUUUGGUUUUACUGCUUGAAGAUUUUAUGUGGGAUGUAAGUCAAAAUAAACUGCACAUAUGCUGUAGGCACACACCAAUCCCAACACAUUUAAUGUUUUUAAUUUGGCUAAAUAUGCUUCAACAAAAUCAUAUAAAACUAAAACAAGAUUUUGAACUAAAGAUCUGAAAGAUGAAGUGAUUUGCAUGGCAUGUAGACUUUGACACUUGUUAUGAAAAACUUCUUUGUUCCAUUCAGAAACAUUGAGAAAAGUGUUUGAUUAGAAUGAAACAUUUGUGUUUUCUCACACCUUGGUGUGAACUUUCCGCUGUGCUAUCUCAUCCACCGUGUCACGUGUUUGCUGUGACUGCACCACAUUCUCUACCCGUGUUCUUUCAGCCCACUUGGGCAAUUUCAAACAUAUUGAUUCUCACAUCCUGACACAGCUGCUUGCUAUGUCUGAAGAGCAUGUGCUUGGCGUUUAAAGGCUCAAGGUUAUUUAAAGGGAUCUGCUAACUUUGCCCUUUUCAGUCCCCCAAUAAAUUUUGUCUGCUUCUUUGUGCAUGGUGUGCGUGCUUGAUGCUGGCCAGUAGAUGGCAAGCAUGCAGCCAUGUUGUCUUUCCUUUGUGUCCUGUUGAAUGUUUGAACAGGUUGUAUUGAUGUGGGCCGUCUCUUGUGUCUUUUUGCUUCACCCUGACUCCUCAGAGACAGCUAUGUCACAGUUUUCUACCAUGACAACGAGGGAGAGGAAACUGCAGGCGGCAGCAAUCUGCAGGGAGAUUCAAGGCCCAGAAGAUAUGGGGAUGGAUCUUGGGAAGAAAAUAAGCGUUCCUAAGGACAUCAUGCUGGAGGAGCUGUCUUUUACCUCAAACCGGGGCUCCCGUCUCUUCAAAAUGCGCCAGAGGCGCUCUGAAAAGUACACUUUUGAGAGCAUCCAGAAUGAAAACAACAAGCAGCUCAGUAGCACAGUGGUUUCUCAAAUGGAGGAUGCGAAUGCCAUUGACAGCCACAUGGGCGAGACCAACUUGGGUGUUGACCAGCCACCUAAAGUGCCAUCGGACACACCAGGAACAAGGGCGGUGCCAAAUCCAGACAGUAUCGCCCCAGGGUAUGGAGGCCCUUUGAAAGACAUCCCUCCAGAGAAGUUCAACAGUACGGCCGUGCCAAAGUCCUACCACUCACCCUGGAUGCAGGCCAUCAUCACUGACCCAGCCUUAGCUGACACUCUCAUCACUGGCAUGCCUGAGCCAGAGCCCCGACCAGACCUGCCGGGGUACAAGUGUUUCAACAGGGUGGCAACCCCUUUCGGUGGCUUCAGUAAGGCCCCCAGAUCAGCCCCCAUCAAGCCUGUCCAUGUGGAGCCCCUCCUCGACUUCCCUGAACUCCAGAGGGAGAUGACAGUAAAUCGACCCUCCUUCAACAGAUCUGCUCGGGGGUGGGUGUCGGGGGAUGGUCCGGCCCCCCUCGCUACAGUUUCCCUUGAACCUGCACUAAUCCCUGAGUCAGAAGACCUUUGAACACACAGUGAAGUCAUACAGAAAUGCUGUCUACUGAGUUGUGGCAACUGAGGUUACAGUGGGAGGGCUAACUUUUCAGUGUGAACAGUCAGGGUGAGAUAACGCCUCCUUUUAGGCGUUGCUAGUUGAAGUUACUAUGUAUGCAGCAUCCCUUGGUUUUCCAAUGAUGUUAGCUAUUGCACUACUCUAAAAAAUAGACUAAGGAUAAAUUAAUGUACAAUAGGCAAAUAAACUACUGGAAUAAAUGCAGUUUGUUGUAUAUUCGUAUGCAUAUUUUCAGUGUUUUACUUUUAUGCUUGAAGGUCUUUUUUGCAACAUAUUGUUCAUAGAAAUAAUACACAUUUUCUAGAUGCUUCUCUUUUUGGUCACAGAUGCAAAUCUGGUGGUAGCAGCUGUACUGAAGGCUCAUUUAAGUGAAUGAUGCUGCACCUGUGUGCUGUGUGUGAUGCAAACCCAUCACUUAUCAAACUGUGUUUGUGAGAGGCCAUAGAUACACAUGAGCCGCUGUAACACAUCUCAAGGUUACACUGCUUCACUGACAUGAGCGGGUUGACUGAUGUGUGUCUCGCCCUUUUGGUUAUGCCCAGUCAAAGACGUGUGCUUGGAGGAGGAGGAGGAGUUGCUUGAUCAGCUGUGGCCACUCCUCAUCUGUCUUUGUUUAUUAGUGCGGCACUCAAGAAUUUAUCUCUGAUGUA